UUGAAUUAACUAGACAACAGACAAGUCGAAGAUAAUAUAGGACACCUAUAGAGUGCGCACCGCCUCGUAAUCGGUUUCCUUUGUGAAUUGAAUUUUCAUAUUUUUGCUUCAAUUUCCUGUUAGUCUAAGUUCGUCAAUGCAUUAAAGAAGAAGCAACAUGCAAUCAAGAACACCAAGCGGUGGUUGUUUGCGAUUUAUGUGAGGGUCAACAAACACACGAGAGUUACUGUGCGAGUAUGAGCUCUGUUAGGUUUCUGUGGGAAAGGGCCAGUUAGGCGGCUCGGGACAUUCCAAGUCAACGGAACGCUCUUCGAACAUCUGUGGUACUAGCGCGAACUGAAGUCCUCGAAAACGUCACUCGUAAUUUUUGUUUGCUUUGAGCGGAUCUUGACGCUAACGCAAGAGGAAGUACUGAACGCAAAACUAAUCUUUCCUGCUGACUUGAUGGAAAGCGCGGAGUGUAAUGAAGUGAAUCGGUCUCAAAACUAGCCCCCGAUAUCAAGGAAGCCUCCUACUAUGCUCAGCGAGUGUUGUGAAAUUUUCAUGAAAAUUGCUUUUGUCCGUGAUUCUUUAUUUACGACUUGGUGUAUGAGUAGACAAACGCUAAAAUAGCAUAAGUUGGUAACUAGAAAAAUUCUAACGUCUGCUGAGUAACAGAGGACAGUCAUUGUUAUAUUAUGAUGUAGGAACGACUCAAUUGUAGAACAUGACCUAACUAAACUGCAGACUUAUGUUUAGGCCACGAUGGACGAAAUCAUAUCAGGUCUCAGCAGCGAGCUGAGUAUUACCCAGGCUCCGUGCGCCGCUACGAUAUCUGCCGAAAGGUUUGCUCAAAUGCGUAAAAUUAAAACAUCACUACCUGUACGACAGGAAUUACGGCGACAGCAGUUUCUCGAGAGACAAAAAGAGAAGCGGUAUGACGGGUUUCUUCAUGCUCGCGGUCUUGCCACUGGAGUAUUUGGAGCGAACGAAUCCCUACCAGGCAAUGGCUUAAAGACAGAUAAGGAAUCCGGAGUUUAUAAGUCUGGGAACGUAGCAAGAGCUUGUAUAGAUGCCGGUACCGAUGAGGAUGAUACUGACUCCGAGAUAAGCCGUCCCCGGAGACCUCCGAGGUCAUAUCGUAACCAGCUGAUGCAGUCCGAAUGGCUGGUUGAAGUUCCGCCAGAUCUGGAACGCUACCUGAUCGUGCUGUGCCCUAAAGGAAAAAGAGGACUUCUCAUUGCAUCAAGGGGUGUUACAAAACUAUACGCUCGCAAUGGCUUCAACUUCAUGACUUUUGCUUCGAAUCUACCUGGAGGAAGCUCGAAUGGCGGCCGACAAUCAAACUGGAAACCGAAUGAGUUCACCAUACUUGACAUCGUUUAUAAUGAUGCAUCGAAAACCUGCUUCAUACUCGAUCUUAUUUACUGGCGAUCCAGGCCGUAUUAUGAUUCCGUAACAGCUUUUCGUUUCUUCUGGUUAAAGACACAAUUUGCGGAAUGCGAAACAGAACUUACAUUCAAAGAAAGAAAGGUGAAGCUUGAAGUAGUGCCUUUUUACGAAUGGGAGCCUCAGACGAUUCAAAGCCUGCUGUGCCGCGAUGAGCCGCCAUUUAUAACACCUAUUGAAGUUGAUGGAAUUCUGUUCUAUCAUUCCGAGGGUCACUACAUUCCGGGAAUCUGCCCACUCGUGGGUUGGCUGAAACCUUAUAUGUGUGUGGAGGUGUUGCAUAUCGAGGUACAUCCCCGGUUCUUCAUAGAGCGUCCACAGGAAUACACCAGCCUCAAAGACAAAAUGGAACAGAAAGAGAAGGGAAAGAAGGAAAAAGCUCGACAAAAGAAAGCUACUUUACCUACUGAUGUGAUGGAGACAUUCACAGAGAAUCAAUAAACACCCUAAUCAAUCUUA